AUGCAUCUCAUGUCGUCUCUUGGCAGGGGCAGGGCACUGAGCGCGUUAACAGAUCCAGCCUACAUCUAUCGGACGUGGGCCACGGCCAGGUCAUUGUGGACAUUGUCUAUGCACUACUUGUCACAUCACCAAGUGACUUUUCUUCUCAUUGCUCUGGCCUUGGCCAUCUUUGGCUACUGGCACCAGAAGAACCAGAUUCACAAGACUGAGCUAAUCAGGGCAGUCGUGGCUGAGAGAGAACAGUACUGGCUGCAAGAUAAUCCAUUACCAAAACUGAUAUAUCCCCAGCCAAGUGCACUGAAACCCGCCAGGAGAGAUGUCCUUGUGUUGACCAGUUGGCUCGCCCCGAUUGUGUGGGAAGGGACUUUCAACGUUCACAUCUUAAACGAGCAGUUCCAACUCCGGAAUGCUACCAUUGGGUUGACUGUGUUUGCUUCUCAAAACUACACGGUGUACCUGGAGCAGUUCCUACGGUCCGCGGAGACGUUCUUCAUGAUGGGGCACAGGGUGAACUACUACAUCUUUACCGACCAACCUCACGCCGUUCCUCGGAUCCCCCUCCAGAGCGGAAGAAAAGUGAUCACCUUCCAGAUCCCGAGUUUUGAGCACCAGAAGGACAUCUCCAGGCAGCGCCUGGAGUUCAUCAGCGUCUAUUCCAAACAGCACUUUCACAAGGAGGUGGCUUAUCUGGUGUGUUCCGAUGUGGACGUCACCUUCCAGCACGACGUGGGUGUGGAGAUUCUCUCUCCUCUGUUUGCCACCCUCCAUUUGAGCUUCUACAUGGCCAGCCGGGAGGUAUUACCCUACGAACGGCGGCCUAAGUCACAAGCUUAUAUUCCAAACGAUGAGGGGGACUUUUACUACACAGGCUCCUUGUUUGGGGGAUCAGUGGCAGAGAUACACAGGCUCACUGCGGCCUGUCACCAGAUGAUCGUAACAGAUCAGUCCAAUAACAUUGACGCCCUGGGGCACGGCGAGAGUCACCUGAACAAGUACCUGCUUUACCACAAACCCACCAAGAUCCUCUCUCUAGAGUACAUGUUCAAUAAGAAGAUGGCUUUUGAGAGUGUCCACAGUGCCAGGAGCCUCCGUCCAGAGUGA